GGUCGGGCUCCCCCUCGCCCCUCUCCGCCCUCCCCGCUCGGCCCGGGGCUCUCCGCAGGUGCAGCGGCCAGGGCGGCGCUGAGCAGCCGGGAAGGCUCGCGUUGCUCCUUGCGGGCUCUGGCUCUGCCUGUUUACCCCGGUGUAACAGCGGGGUUUUCCCAAGGUGGACGCCUUUUUCCACUUGCAGUUUCUUAUGGCCUAAAUCUCUUUCUUCUGCAAAACCUGUGCAGCCAGGUGCUGCCCGUCCAGUGCCUGGGGGGGUGAUUUGGCUUUGGCGAGCGUACCAUCUUUCUCUGAUCCCCGCUGAAGGAGACCUUUCCGUCAGUUUUGUCAGCAUCACGUUGAAUGCUCACCUUGCCUUCUCUUGGAGCCAUCUCUCUCCCAGCUCUGCGUUGCCUGCAGUUUUAAUGACUCUCCUGAAUGUCUUUAACCAUUUUCCCUAAAGAAGGUCAUCAACAGGACCAAACUAGGGCAACAUCUUUGGGGACCCCAACCCCAAGUAUUCACGUUCAUAAAGCUCUGCCAUUAAUGGGGUAUUCCGCAGUUGCUCUUAAUCAUGUCAUCGAUUUUAAAGAAAAGAAACAGGAAAUCGUCAAGCCAGUAUCCCCUUCAGAGUUGUUUCCAUCUUUGCCUAUUGUACAAGGGACAUCUAAAAGAAUUAAAGUCUUAACCCGGUUAACACUUGUUGUUUCUGAUCCUUCCCACUGCAAUCUCUUAAGAUCAACAUCUGCAAAUAUAAGGUUAUACGAUAUCAUAGCAGUAUUUCCGAAGACUGAGAAACUGUUCCAUAUCGCUUGUACAACUCUAGAUGUGGAUCUGGUAUGCAUAAAUGUAACAGAAAAGCUGCCAUUCUACUUCAGAAGACCCCCUGUGAAUAUGGCAAUAGAUCGAGGCAUUUACUUUGAACUUCUUUACGCGCCUGCCAUCAAAGACUCCACAAUGAGAAGAUACACAAUUUCAAAUGCGAUCAGCCUGAUGCAGAUCUGCAAAGGAAAGAACAUUGUUAUAUCUAGUGCAGCUGAAAGGCCUCUAGAACUACGAGGUCCUUACGACGUGGCUAAUCUAGGUUUGCUGUUUGGCCUGUCGGAAAGCGAAGCCAAGGCAGCCGUGUCUACCAACUGCAGAGCCACCAUGCUUCAUGGAGAAACUCGGAAGAGUGCCUGUGGGGUAGUGUACACAGUGAAGAAGCCUCGCAAGGUUGAGGAGGAAGAAACAACACUGCCAGCCUGCAAAAAAGCUAAGACUCAAGCUUGAGGACUGAACCAAUUGUCAACAGGAGCCUCCAUCCCCCCACCUUCCAGCUGUCCCCGUUCCUCCCUUACUACUUUAUUUAGCCUGGGGAAGAAUUAUUCUUCUGGUGUUCAAGUGAGGAAAGCUGUGGGAAUGAGUCUGCUGAAUGGUACUUCACAUGUGAAAGGUCACGCUGGGCUUCUGGCCAAGAUCCGGAGACCAUCUCUCCACCUUGUCCUAGGUCUUCCUGGAGUUAGUGCAAACUCAACACAAUGUUUCUAACAUAGAAAUUUUCAGUUGUACAAGUGUAUUCCCUUUUUAUUAAAAAUGUUUCUAAGAAUGCAAAGUCUAGCUCUUACAGUUUCUCAAGUUUUAAACACAUCUCUGUGCUAAGCCUUACAACCGCAAGCCAGUAGAUGAAGUUUAUCUUCAGUGGCCUGUGAAGAAUAAUGGUGCAGUAAAAAAAAAAAAAAAAUAAUCUGCUUCCCAUUCUGUUUCAUGAUCAAUGGCUAUAAAGACGAUGCCAGCAUCUGUCACUUGCUAAGAGAUAUUUCAUAUUUGUGUUACAGUAGGACUGACUGACCUGACCUGCUAGACAAACGUCCCAAAAGCCAUCCCUGUCCUGCAGGUUUUAAAACCAAGCAGUGACAUGAGGUGGUUACCGCAGAUGGGAAGGAAGAGCCCAAGGUUACACCGAAUGUGUGCUCAGCGUGGUAUGUUGCAGUCGCGCCGUAACAGCUGUCUCACCUUGGCCUGAGCAGCCUCCACGUCACAUCAUUUUUACUGCAUCAUUUCCUUCUUUAUGUCCUGGUCUGGCAGUUUUGCCUAUGAGAGUGCUCAUUUUGCUGCCUCCUGCCUUUCCGUUUUCCUUCCUGUUAAUGCCUCAGUAAACCUAAUC